AUGUCGACGCUAUCCGAAACCCUGCCAGUCAUUGACCUUGAUGUCUUCUUGUCUCAACCUGCACAAUCAGUCAGAGUGCAAGAGGAAUGCAACAAGGCUGCUGACGCGCUGAUCACAUACGGAGCACUCCUUGUUCACGAUUCUCGCAAGGACGAGCGCCCAGAGAUUCAUUAUCAGGUUGGCGUCACCCUCGAGAAUACUGAGAAGCCCAAAUGCGCCGUGGAUGAGCCGUGCUUGGAUAUCAUCGCCAACUUGGACCCAACGGAACGGCCAUUAGAUAUCUCCGGGCACCAUCCUGACCCUAAAUGCAGAUUCUUCUGGAAAAUGGGAGUUCCCCCUCCAUAUGAGACCGACUAUCCAGCUCUUAACGCUCCGAAUGUCGUGCCGCAGGCACCUAACAUCAGGGAGAAGUGGGAAUCCACCAUGGAGAGAUGGGGACAUUCGAUGAAGAAUGCCGUCGAGAAUAUUGCAGAAAUGACAGCAAUCGGUCUCGGACUUCCUCGAGGGUUUAUCAAGGACGCAGGGAAAUAUGGCCCACAUCUACUUGGACCAACGGCUUCUGAUUUGGUGAAGUAUGGGCAAAAUGAUACCAUACUUGCGGGGUUUCAUUCAGACCUCAACUGCUUAACGAUCCAUGGUCGUUCACGAUAUCCUGGACUUCACAUCUGGGCACGUAAUACUGGAAAGCGCAUCCCCGUUAGAUUCCCACCCACUGGACGUUACCUUCUCGUGCAAGCAGGGAAACAGAUUGAACAUCUAACCGGGGGCCUUAUCAAAGCUGGGUUUCACGAGGUAGUCGUCAACGAGACUACGCUACAGACUGUCGAGCGGCGUAAAGAGAGCCAUCCUGACCGGCCGCUUAUUCGUAUAUCAUCAACAUUUUUCUGGCACCUCUCGUCCGAUUAUGACCUUGUUGCGCUACCUGAGCUAUCUGAACGUGCAAAUGCGUUCAAUUCGAAUCAGACAGCCUAUCAGCAUACGGUUUAUGAACCGAUGAAAGUUGGACAACAGGUUCAGAAUGAGCUCAAACACAUUGCUCUCAUGGCAUAA